UUAUACAUGUUGACCAAAUUGGCCCUCUGUGCUGGGUCAUCGAACAGCGCAUAAUACUGCUGCACGAACCCUUUACCGAUCGCUUCGUACUGUAAAUUAAGGGCCAUUUUUAUUUAUUGCAAUUUUUUAAUAGAAAUUGUAGCCCAAAAAAUAAAUAAAAUAUUCAAAAAAUGGGGCCCCCCACACUUGAAAUCCAAAUUUUAACCCAACAACAAUAUCGAACCGCCACAAAAAAAGAAUAUUUUUGACAGUGACACACUUGACAUUUGACAAUUAAUGAUUUUUUGUCUCACUCUAACUCAUUAAAUUGUAAAAACUAUUUGAAAAAAAAAAAAAGAAGAAAUAUGUUGCAUGUUGCAUUAACAUAACCUCACAAAAAUCAAAAUAAAUAACAAAAUUUAUAAACAAAAUAAUAAAUUAAAUAAAAAUAAUGUUAGUAGAGCCACUAGAAAAAUUGUCUAGACAAUUUCUAUGCGGAUUUCCAAUCAACGAAAUUGCUUUUUGUGAAUUACAGGCUCUCAAUUACAACGACCAAGAAUCUCUUUUGAAUGCCACAGUCAAUUCGCAACUAGUCCUCAAAUACCCCAUAAAAAUCGACUACCAAAAAGUCUUCCUAAAACAUCUAAUGAGUAAACUAGAAAGCGAUGGCUCGGAUAUACAUGAAGACAUAUUUUCAGCUUAUGUUAAAUUAAUUGCAACAAAAUCAUGUGAAACAGAACUAUUUUACAAACAUUAUAAAACUAGUAAAAAUGUUAUUAGUUUAAUGGAAAAUGUUAAUUUGAUAUCGGAAGGGACAACAGGCUUGAGGACUUGGCAGGCCUCUUUAGCUUUAAGUGAAUGGUGCCUUGAAAAUAAAGCCUCUCUAUUAAACAAGAACAUUCUAGAAUUAGGUUCUGGAAUCGGACUCACAGGGCUUGUGAUACUUCAACAAUGUCAACCUGGAAAAUUUUACUUUUCCGAUUGCCAUCCUGCUGUACUGAAAACUUUAAAACACAAUAUCCAAUUGAAUAAUACAAAUUUGAAUAAUUGUCAAGUAUUAAAUUUGGCUUGGCAAAAUGUAAAUGAGCAUUUAUAUGAUUUAGAUAAAAUUGAUUAUAUUUUGGCUGCAGAUGUUGUUUAUGAUACAGACCUUUUUCAAACCCUUAUUGAGGCCUUGAGAAUUGUUUCUGAAAAAUGUGGAGUUGAGGAUGUUGUGUUUGCUUGUACUGAAAGGAAUCAAGAAACUUUAAGGGAAUUUUUACAACAAAUUAAAAAAUAUUUUAAAGUUAUGGAGGAACAAUGUCCAAGGCAAAAUAAUUUUGUUUGGUCCACCAGUACGCCUGUGAGGAUUUUUAGGUUUCAAUUGCUAAAAAAAAAAAAAAUGUGGUUUGAUAUUUGAUUUUAUUCAACAAAGUAAAACAACAUAAUUAUGUAUUUAUAAAAAUAAAUAAAUGACUUAAGAAAUAAUAAUAUGGCAUACAUCACAAAAUAAUUCAACUUACAGAGUCAAAAUAAAGCAACAAAUCAGCCGGUUUUUAAUAAAAUUUCUAUGUAAGUUGCUUCCCAGACUUAACUGUCACUUAUUCUAUAGUCUAAGAAUCUUCUAAUUAAUAAAUAGUAAUUAAUCUGAUACUGGAAUUGUCUUAAACUUUGAUUUAAAUAACAUUACUUGAAUACAAUUUGGAAUUUCCAGAACUUUUACUAUUACUGCUGGGAUAAAUCACAAACAAGCUCAGUUGGAUACCGGAUAACACACAACCCAAAAAAUUGGGCACCUAAAAAAAAAACCAUUUUAAAUUAAAUCAAAUCAAACCAAAAACCUAUAUCUACCUGUAUAAACUGAUCCUUUAACAAUACCCCAUAAAUCAUCCAUUGCAAGCUCACGAUAAAAGUAGAAACAAUUAAAUGAUAAGGCAAGCUAUCAGUGUUUUUCACUUUAAUGACGUGUAGCAAGGAAGCAAAGGGGGCAGCGAAAAAUAAAAUCGUGACUACAACGCAAAUGAGCCCUAGAAAGUUGCGAGCCAGCUCAGUUUCUUCAGUACGGUGGAUUUUCAUUAGAACCACGAUGAGGACUAGAAGACAGAAAAGCAAUUGACGCAAGACAUGGAUCUGGAAAAUUCAAUAAUAAUAAUAAAUAUGUAUUGUUAAUUAUUAUUGUUGCAACCUUUUUAAUGCUGUACAAAAAGAAAACGACAAUAUAAGAGAAAAACAAUGAAACUCCAAUAGUGUUGACCAGUAUAAUUGAAGUAUCUUGGAUAAGAAAUCCGUAUCUGAGCCACAAAGAUGUGGACAAGCAUCCACUUACAAACGAAAACGAGGACGAGUCUCCUGUACUUUUAUUUUUUACAAU